AUGACACUGUUGUUGGCUUUACCAACAAGUUUGUUGAAGUACAUAAAUCAGUAUUCAUCUGGACUGCUUUCUGCUGAGUGUUGGAUUCCUUCCCCCAUCCUUUACCCGAAAAACCUUAGUGGGUACGUAGCCGUAGUCGAGUACGGAGAGAGUGACAAGAUCGGCCGAGUACACAGUGUACACCUCCAAGCGCGCGCUAUCCUCAAGUGUUUUGUUCAAGCAAAAAAUCAACAAGUACGAGUCCAGAACGGGAAUAAAGUUUCCGCACAGGAUAAUGGCGAUAUUGAUCCUCAUGUCAAAAUUCAAACUGAAUUUAAUGAUUAUUAUUUUCACAUUGAAGCAUUAUUCACAAAUUUAUUUCCGCAAACGAAAUCGGAGCUGGAUACUACACAAUUACAAAACACUACUGCUCAAUGUUCGGUAAAACUUCCUAAAAUUGAGGUACCCCAUUUUGAUGGUGAAUUUAAACAUUGGCAAACAUUCAUCGAUAUGUUUGAUUCUCUUAUACACUGUAACUCGUCUCUUAGUGAUAUAUCGAAAUACAACUAUCUAGUGAGUUUCUUACGAGGUCCUCCUUUAGCUUUGGUAUCUAGUACUCCACUUGCCAAUCAAAAUUAUAAUAUAGCAUAUCAAGCCUUAAAAAAUAAGUACGAUAAGAAACGUUUGAUUGCAAAAGCUCACUGGCAGGUUCUAGAAAAUAUUAAGCCCAUCUCUAACGAAAAUAAUCAUGAAGCUCUAAGAAAUAUGAUUGAUAUUUAUACUCAUAACUCUGUAAAAACAAAUUAUGUCUGCGCUAAAGGCAAAGUAGCUCCACUCAAAAAAAUCUCAAUUCCAAGACUGGAACUCUGUGCAGCCUUACUUCUGACCAGGUUAAUUGAUUUCGUUAGAACUUCUCUUACUAAUAAACUUAUUAAUGUUAGUACGAUUAUAUGGUCCUACUCGAUGGUUGUUUUACAUUGGCUUAGAAGUGAACCAUAUAAGUGGAACACCUUUGUGAGCAAUCGAGUUUCCCAAAUUCAAGAGAAAUUACCUCCUUCUUGUUGGCGUCAUGUAGUCUCCAAAGACAACCCCGCUGAUCCAGGUUCUCGUGGUCUUCAACCUAGCGAGUUACUCGACAAUGCCUUAUGGUGGGCGGGACCUCCAUGGCUAAGCCAACCGGAUCUUAUUGGCCGCAAUCAAUUUUUACUUUCCCCUGAAACUGAAGAAGAACAACGAAAAGUUAUAUUGACAUGUACUUCACAGCCCUCAUUGUUUGAUACUCUCUUUGAAAAGUUCUCUUCUUUCUCUAAAAUUAUAAAUAUUGUCACGUUUUGCAGACGCUUUCUCUAUAAUACUCGACAUUCUAAAUCUCGUAAAACCUCUCCUCUCUCGAAAUUUGAAAUAAAUGAAACUCUAGAAUGUAUUAUUAAAUGUGUUCAAUCACAAUAUUAUGCUAGGGAAAUUCUCUUAAUAAAUAAUUGCAAAUCUCUACCUAAAUACUUAAGAAAAUUGACCCCCUUUAUCGACACCAAUGGAAUUCUUAGAGUUGGUGGUCGCUUGCGCAAUGCUUCUCUAAAUUUCUCUCAAAAACAUCCCGCACUCUUACCCAAUAAUCAUAAAUUUACUACUCUACUCAUAGAAUAUACUCAUAAACUCUAUUUGCAUCCCGGUCCCCAAACUCUUCACUAUAUUCUCGCUCAACAAUACUGGAUUGUUUCUGCUAGAAAAACAAUUCGUAGUGUUCUCUUUAAAUGUCCUCAAUGCUUUCGCGCUAAUCCAGUAAUGCCUCAGCCUCCUAUUAUGGGAGAUAUUCCUGCUGUAAGACUUUCUCAAGUAAAACCUUUCUCUGAAGUUGGAUGCGACUAUGGUGGUCCAUUCUCUUUAUUAAGAUAUCGUGCACGAGGUGCUAAGUCCUGUAAAGCCUAUAUUUGCUUAUUUGUGUGCAUGGCCACGAAAGCUUUGCACUUAGAACUGGUUUCCGACCUUUCCUCCGAGACUUUUCUGGGUGCAAUGCGUCGAUUCAUUUCUCGUAGAGGUCGCUGCAAUCAUAUUUAUUCCGAUUGUGGAACGAACUUUGUCGGAGCUUCUAGAGAACUGAUUAAUAUGCUAAAAUCCGCCGCUGAGCAAGAACAAAUUUCCUGGCACUUCAAUCCUCCAAGCGCGCCUCAUUUUGGUGGCCUGUGGGAAGCAAGAAUAAAGUCUGUAAAAACUCACAUUAAAAGGGUCAUUGGUGACCAAUUGCUCACGUAUGAGGAAUUUUAUACGCUACUGGUUCAAAUAGAAGCAGUGCUUAAUUCUCGUCCAUUGUGUCCACAAAGCUCUGAUCCUAAUGAUUUGUCAGUUCUUACUCCAGGACAUUUUUUAAGAUGA